AUGGCGAGCCCAAACGAUAUGAAUGUGGACGCUCCUAGCGAUCUGCAAGACAUUCCGGAGAAUGCCAUGCAUCUCAUCCCUCCCGCUGAGGGUGAUUACCCGGAUAGGGACACUUUGUUCCAGGCUGUCAAUCUUCAUGCCAGUGAGCAUGGCUAUCAGGUUGUCAUCAAGUCUUCCAGCGGCUCUACCGACAAGAAGCCGGGUCGCAAGAACAAAGUGUGGCUUCGUUGUGAUCGCGGUGGACAAUACCGCCCUCGAAAUGGUCUGACGGAGGAAAACCGCAAGCGCCGACGCACCUCGCGCCUUGUGGACUGCCCUUUCCAGUUGCUUGCAUCAGCACACCCUGGAUUUUGGCGCCUGACUGUCUUGAACCCCAACCACAAUCAUGGCCCUUCGCUUGAGAAGGCCAAGAAAACCCCCCACCCCAAGAUCCGCCGCGGUCAGCUUCAUGCCGCCCCAUACGAUUGGCCGCACGAUGCGACUUUCACCCCUUACAGCACUGCGCUAGUCAUCAUUGACAUGCAGAAGGAUUUCUGUUACCCCGGCGGAUACAUGGCAGCCGAGGGACAUAAUGUUUCCGCUUUCCGAGCCCUGAUCCCCAACAUUCAGCGAUUGCUGAUGGCGUUCCGCGCUAAGGAAUUCCCCGUCUACUUCACCCGGCAAGGCCACCGUUCUGAUUUGUCUACCCUUUCUCCCCGAGAGAGCCACCGGGCUCGUAACAACACCCGCGGUGGAGGCGUUGGCGCCCCUGGACCAAUGGGCCGCCUGCUCAUCCGCGGCGAGGGGGGUUGGAACAUUGUCGACGAACUGGCACCCACCAACAAAGAACCAGUCAUCGACAAGCCUGGUGGUAGCGCCUUUGUGCACACCGAGUUCGAGUUGAUUCUGCGCAACCGCAAAAUCAGAAACCUCGUCCUUGUCGGUGUCACCACCGAUAUCUGUGUGUCGUCCACCAUGCGCGACGCGAGUGCCCGUACCUUCGACUGUCUUCUCGUCGAGGACGCGACUGCUGCUGCCGACCCGGCACUUCACGCUAGCACCAUUGCCUCGGCAAAGAUGGAGGGAGGGAUAAUCGGAGCCGUCUCGAAGGUUGACGACGUGAUCCACGCUGUCACUACCUACAAGCCUCCGAAGAAGACCACUCCUCACGCCGGAGGUUCCCAGAUGUCUCCUCCGGAGAUGUCCCCUGACAUGUCGCCGCCUCAGAUGGCGUCUUAA